CAGUACUGAAACGUCAUCAUUGUGUGCCUGACUAUCGUAUGUCGUCGAUUCAAACUGAGUUCACUGCUUGUGCAUAAUUUGACGAAUAUCGACCUACUGUUGGCUAAUUUUGCUCAAGAGUAACAUAAAAGUAAAGUAAACACUAGUUGGAAAGUCUAAGUUCUACGUUGCCAUGGCGUCUCCAGGGGGACAGGGAGGAGGGGCAGUGUCUACAAGAGGAGCAGGAGCUAGGAGGAUGAAAUGGGCUCUGGAGUUGAGCUUGGGCAAUGCCAGGGGUCGUGGAGACAGACAGAGUAACCAGGGAGAUGUGAUGUACCCCAUUGGAUACUCAGACAAACCAGUCCCAGACACCAGCAUCCAGGAAACAGACAAAAACCUGGUGGAAAAGCGUUGUUGGGACGUGGCCCUGGGCCCCCUGAAGCAGAUUCCCAUGAACCUGUUCAUCAUGUACAUGUCUGGUAACACCAUCUCCAUCUUCCCCAUCAUGAUGGUCUGUAUGAUGGCCUGGAGGCCCAUCCAGGCUCUCAUGUCCAUGUCUGCUACAUUCAAGCUGUUGGAGAACUCUAACCAGCAGUGGCUCCAGGGGCUGGUCUAUUCUGUAGGGAACCUGCUGGGCUCGGCAUUGGCUAUCUACAAGUGUCAAUCAAUGGGGCUUCUUCCAACUCACUCUUCUGAUUGGCUCGCUUUCAUAGAACCGCCUCAGAGGAUGGAGAUCAUGGGUGGAGGGAUGGUAUUGUGAAGAGGACAGAAGACACACACAUACUGAAAUAUGCUGAACUGUUCUAUUAAUACAUUACAUCUCUUCAAAGUUUUUUUUCAAUUCUCUGGCUUUUAGGUUUUCAUAGAAUCCUCAAGCUUUUUAUUUAUCUACAUUUUGUUGGUUGUCAUUUGAGAUUUCAUUUGUUGUCACAGGUAAUAAAAUGUUACAGAACACAUUCAACAACUGAUAAUAGGACAAACAAUGUCAUGUUUGCAAAAACGUUCACCAUCCUACUAAAUCCACAAGGUUAAAUUAAGGUGUCACCAUAACAUGUUUUUCAUUUUCAUCUUUUUGUCAAAUAAAAGUGUUUAAAAAAAAGUGUUAAGUAGA